GUUGGAGAAUUUCUUAGAUUGAUAUAAGCGAAACAAGAAGCGAAAGAGAAAGAGAAGAGAAGGUAUCAAUGGCGGGUUAUGGGAUCUCGGCGGCAUUUGAUUCGAAGACAGUGCAGCUGAUCUUCCUAACACUUCUUGUCAUGGUGGGUUCUUUCUACACGGGCACCCUCUUCGGUAUCAACAACGCUGCAUACGUCCGUCAAGCAUCCUCUCCUUCCUCCCAUAACUCCUCUGGUCAUUCAAAGUUUACAAACAAAGUUGUUCUUACUUUUAGGAGAACACCACUUUUAAUACCUAAAAAUGGGAUGAACAUAUGCCCCUUAACUUACAAUGAGUACAUCCCCUGCCAUGAUCCUUCUUAUGUAAGAGAAUUGCUCCCAAAUCUGGAUAUUCAUAGAAGAGAAGAACUUGACAGGCACUGCCCUCCGCUUGAAAGACGAUUGUUUUGCUUGGUUCCCCCACCCGAAGAUUAUAAAAUGCCAAUAAGAUGGCCGACUAGCAGGGACUAUGUGUGGCGCAGUAAUGUGAACCAUACACAUCUGGCUGAAGUCAAAGGAGGACAAAACUGGGUGCAUGAGAAGGAUAAAUUGUGGUGGUUCCCUGGUGGUGGUACACAUUUCAAGCAUGGGGCAUCAGAGUAUAUCCAAAGGUUAGGAAAUAUGACAACUAAUGAGACAGGUGAUCUCCGUUCAGCUGGGGUAGUUCAGGUUCUUGAUGUUGGUUGUGGGGUUGCCAGUUUCUCAGCUUAUCUACUUCCACUGGACAUUCAAACAAUGUCCUUUGCUCCGAAAGAUGGGCAUGAGAAUCAGAUUCAGUUUGCCUUAGAGCGAGGAAUUGGUGCAAUGAUUUCUGCAAUAGCCACAAAGCAACUACCACUUCCCGCUAAUUCAUUUGAAAUGGUCCACUGUUCACGGUGUCGUGUUGAUUGGCAUGAAAAUGAUGGUGUGUUGCUCAAAGAAGUGGAUCGUCUUUUGCGACCUAAGGGAUUUUUUGUGUAUUCAGCUCCACCUGCUUAUAGAAAAGAUAAAGAUUAUCCACUGAUAUGGGAUAAGUUGGUGAAUCUGACUUCUGCAAUGUGCUGGAAACUCAUUGGUCGUCAGGUGCAGACAGCAAUCUGGAUUAAACUGGAAGACCGUUCAUGCCUAGUGCACAAUGCUGAGCAGAAGCUAGUGAAUUUAUGUGAUGAUGUGGAUGAGUCUAAGCCAUCAUGGAACAUACCACUCAGAAACUGUGUAAAGCUUACCAGUGGGGAAGCAGAUAUUCAGAAACUCCUACCUAGACCACAGCAUCUUUUAGUUUAUACAGAGAGUCUGAACGAUAUAGGCAUCAGUCGAGAAGAAUUCUUCUUAGAUAUGACUUUCUGGAAAGAUCAAGUUCAACAUUACUGGAGACUGAUGAAUAUUAGUAAGACAGAGAUUAGAAAUGUCAUGGACAUGAAUGCUUACUGUGGUGGAUUUGCAGUGGCUUUGAGUACAUUUCCUGUUUGGGUGACGAAUAUAGUUCCUAUAACUAUGAACAAUACCUUGUCUGCUAUAUACAACCGAGGCUUGAUAGGCGCUUUUCAUGACUGGUGUGAGCCCUUCUCGACAUAUCCACGUACAUAUGACUUGUUACAUGCCAACCAUCUGCUCUCUCACUAUGAAGGCAGCAGGGAAGGUUGCUUACUAGAAGAUAUAAUGCUGGAGAUGGACCGUAUUCUUCGUCCUCAGGGAUUUGUUAUUAUUCGAGAUGAUGAAUCUAUUGUCUCAAGAAUCAAAGACCUUGCACCAAAAUUUCUUUGGGAUGUUGAAUCACAUCUGCUAGAGGAUAAACAAAAGAAAAUGGAACAUGUGCUAAUUUGCAGAAAGAAGUUUUGGGCAGUCGUUUAAGGUAUUCAUUUAUUUAUCUGAAAAAUAGGUUUUAAAUGCUCCCAGUACCUAGGUUGUAUGACGGCCAUGUGAAAAAUCGGAUACAUGAGGUUCAGCUUAAGAUUCCUCCGCCC